GGAAUUCGGAGUUCAGCCUCAACGCUUGCAUCACCUUAACAAUAUUUUGUACCUUUUAUAAUUUCUAAAAUAAUUAAGGUAGUACACACUAUGUAUUGUGUAGUCACUGGUAUAAGCAUAUAGCGUCCUACGUUACAACUGUGUUGUAGUUCACAAAAUAAAAUGAAUUGCUGUGAAAAUAAUAGAAAGUGUUCUAAAUGACAGAUAUAAAUCAAUAUUUUCAAUUUUACACUUGUCCGUAUACGUAUGAACAACACAAGUAUUAUUUUACAACUUUUCAUAUGUUGAAAAUUUUAAGUGAAUUUCACUGUUUGAAAAUAGGUUUACAUAGUUUCAAAGAACGAUGAAUAAUCAAUAGAUUAUUUAACAUAUUCAGGGCAGUUUUUUGUAAAGAGCAUUUUUUUUCAUAUGAGAGAUGUGUAAUCUAAUCUUUGUAGAUGUUAUGGAUUUUUGUGUAAUCUAUACAUCCAGUUGCAUAAAGCCGUCGUUAUUCAUUCCACGUGUUUAAUAAUAUUUUAUUGAAUUGUUAAAUGAAAUGUUUGUUUGGCGAUGAAAAUUUUAUAUUAUAUGUAAACACUAUGUGGUCAGAAAUAGUGGAAUAUUUAAAAGAUCCGUCUUUAGUCGCACAAUUUCAAACAUUUUUCGGUGUUAAAACACACUAUACGAAAGGCUCAAAAGAUUAUAGCGACAAAAACUCGCACAGUGAAACGCGAAAUAUUAAAUCCCACAAAUUUAAACAUAAUACAAACAAUUGUUCGGUAAAUAAUGAAGAAUCAAAAUUGAAUGGUUAUGCUGCAGUAGAGAGAAAAUCCAAUAAUGUAACUAAAACUCAAGCACAACAAUCAUCCACUCUUAUAAAUUCGGAUUAUACCAUAAAAAAUUAUUUCUGGUAUUAUUUAUUUUUAUUUGGUACUCAAUUGGGAGAUGAAAUAUUUUAUUCUACAUUUAUACCAUUUUGGUUUUGGAACAUUGAUGGUGCUGUUGGCAGAAGAGUUGUUUUGGUAUGGGCUGUUAUCAUGACUAUAGGUCAAAUAUUAAAGGAUGUUAUAUGCUGGCCAAGACCCGCUUGUCCACCAGCAGUUCGAUUACAAUCAAAGUGGGCAGAAGAAUAUGGAAUGCCAUCUACCCAUGCUAUGAUUGGCAUAUCAAUCCCAUUCAGUGUAGUAUUAUUUACAAUGAAUAGGUAUAUUUAUCAUGUGUUUGUCGGUUGGACAAUUGCUUUUCUGUGGUGUACCCUUGUGUGUAUGAGUAGGCUGUAUUUGGGUAUGCACACAGUGCUAGACAUUCUAGCAGGAUUAAUCUUAGCUGUUGGAUUAAUGAUCAUAUUAAUACCUUUAGUGGAUAUAACAGACUAUUAUAUCCUUUCGAACAUUUGGGCUUUAGCAAUUUUAAUUACUAUUAGUAUAGUGGUUAUAGUUUAUUAUCCUUGCAGUAAGAAAUGGACACCAACCAGGGGUGACACAACUAUGGUUGUAUCUGUUACUACUGGGAUUCAUUUAGGAGCGUGGCUCAACUACAAUACUGGAAUAAUGUUAACUCCUCCAAACUUACCACCAUAUCAAAUUAUUUGGCCAUCUCAUACAAUGUUUGGUUGUAUGAUACUUAGAACAAUACUUGGAUUUUGCUGCAUUCUGGCAACAAGAACUAUUUGCAAGCCUCUUAGUUAUAAAACAAUGUGUGCCAUAUUGAACAUUAAUUCCAAGGAGCUCAUGAAAAGUCAAAAUUAUUCCGAAAAUAAAAAUAAGGUUAUUGUUGAUCUAGUCCAGAAGUAUUUGUCUUGUUUUAUGAUAGGCGUAAAUACAGUAUACUUCUUGCCAAAUUUUUUCACAAUGAUUGGAAUUGAACGACCGACAUUUUACACGGAAAUAUAAAAUUAUCAGGUAUUUGUAUUUCCGUAUUUCAUACUAGUAUACUUGAAUUUAUGAAUCUUAUUUAAAGUAGUAUGUGAUAAGACGAAGUUACUAUCAUACAAAUCAUUCCAGUAGCAGUGUUUGUGAUACUAUUUUUGUAUACAGAAAUCAGUCACAAGUUACACAUUGCUUUUACAAUGUUCAGAUUUUACAUAUUUUAUUUAAUACAUCACAAAAAGUACUAAUUACUCUGUAGAGUUACUAGAAACAUCCAGUUCAUGUUUAUAUUUGCAUACGCGUUCCGUUGUACCAUUUGUGCAUAUAAAAAUUCUAUUUUUGUUGAGCAAAGAAACUGAAGUAGCAAAUAAUACUUUUUGUAUUUUACGAUUUUCUAAAUACAUAUAUUUAAAUGUUA